CAACAAAUCAACAAACGUCAAAACAAAAGAUACCUUAUUUUUAAUUAACCACACAAACUAAAAAAUGUAAAAAAUAUAUAUAUACACAAAUUUUAAGACGAUAUUGAGAAACCGAAAUGAACUUCUCAUUUUGGUGCAUUUUUACAUACUAUUUUCGAUCUGCAAUAAAGUGGUUUUUAAGGAGAACAACAGGUUUGUGUGAAUUGCAAAGAAUCUGCUAUGGCGAAGUUAAGGGAGCACCUAGAACCAACGCAGUCGAAUAUUCAUUAUCAAUGUCAAAACAGCUUCAAAUUAAACAACUUAUUUUACACUUAAAUAGUAUAUCAGAUAGAAUGGGAUUCAUUGGUUCAAAUCAGAACGAAGUAUUGCAAGGAGCAGUUAGGGUAGUACUAUUAGUAAAAAAAAUUGAUCCUAGGAUUCAUAGUCAGUUUGUUAUAAGUUUUGGAAGGUGUGUUGAAUAUAUAUGGGGAUACAGGCAACUUAUAGCAGAAGUUGAACAGUUAAGGACAACUCAAUAUGAUAGUGAUAACCCUGAACAUGAAGAUCAGUUGUACAAGUUGUGGAGUAAACUAAAGCCUGAUGAACCAUUAGAAGAGAGAAUAACAAAACAAUGGCAAGAUAUUGGUUUUCAAGGUGAAGAUCCAAAGACAGAUUUCAGAGGAAUGGGUCUAUUAGGUUUAGAAAAUUUAGUUUUUUUUGCUACAGUAUAUCGUUCUGCUGCUCAACAUGUAUUAAGUCAUUCAUAUCAUCCUGUACAUGGUUACUGUUUUGCAAUAGUAGGUAUAAAUUUAACAAGUUUAGCAUGGACAUUAUUAAAAGAAGGGUGUGCAAAAACGUAUGCAUAUAAUAUAGAAAAUGUACCUUCUAUAAGAUUAUUUCAUCACUUUUAUAGUUAUCUAUUUUAUGAAUUUGACAGAUUUUGGAUGGAGUGCAGACCUAAAGAUAUAAUGGAAUUUUCAAAUAUUAAAAAUAAAUUUGAAACAAAUAUAAGAAUUUGCUUGCAAGACCCUAAUAACGAUUUUAGAAUUGGAGUAGCAGUUGACAAUGUUUAGUUUUUUUUUUAUUAUUUCUACACAGUGUUUUUUAACUUUAGAGUACUUUUAUGAGCAUGUGAUAAAUUCAUAAAUAGUAAAGCACUAUAUAAAUUAGUAAGAAAAACAGGCUUAUGGAUAUUUAAGGUUGUUCCAGUGAUGAAACUAAUCAAGUCUGAUGCACAAUAAUCUUUAAUUUUCAAGAUUUAAGACAUUGUGUAUGAAAUAUUUUAAUUUUUAUACAUUUUUUUUUUUUUUUGAUAAAAUUGCUAUAUAAGUACCUAUGGAAUGUUGACUUUAAAUUUUGUUUAAAACCCAAAUAUAGCCAGUUUAGUAAUUUUAACACGUUGAGUGCCAGAUGAUACCAUGGUCUCAUAUAACUUUGGGACCUACAGGCUAUAUGAGACCAUUGUAGACUCGUGUAUAGUGUUGACACAUUUUAAUAUAUGAAGCUGCGUUGGACUCAUACAUUCCUUUUAUUCUACCGCCAUGAUAAAAAUUAUGGCCUGUUUAACGGAUGAAAGUUUUUUUUUAUUAAAUAAAAUAUACCGCAAAUGUGUUGCCUAAGAAAAUACUGUCACCGCUUUUUUUUUGUGUGUCAUCGGCUUCAACUGCUAAUGUUAUUCCGCCUCAUGUUCUGUGUAGGCUUUGUUACUGUUUCCCAGCGCCACUUUAGGAACAGCACUGUUCAUUAGAACCAAACAGUGAAUGGCCGAGUGGGGAAUCCUACCAAGGCAUCAGAAUUAAUUUUAUAUAAUGAAAUUAAAUGAAAAAAUUCCGGCCAACGGUGGGAUUCGAACCUGGGACCCUUGGAUCCACAGGCAGAAGCUCUACCACUGAGCCAUCCACCCCCUGGCUCUCUUUUUAAUUUCCUUUCUGUAACCAGAUAAGGAAAGUAUAGGAAUCAUGAUAAAAGUUGCUUAUGAUGUCAAUCUCUAUAAUUUUCGCCAUAUACAUGAUUUCCCUAAAAUGGACCGUAUUCGAGAUAUUUAAGGAAAAGUACAAAGUUCGAAUUUUGAAGAUAAAGAAACAUCAAAUUUUAAAUUUAAACUUUAAUCUAUCCUGUGGUGAGCUAAUUAAAUUUUGGGCAUAGUCAAAGCAUCUGGGUAAUAAUGUAUAGGGUUGUUUUUGUUUUUUUUUACUUUAAGUAAAUAAAUAGUCUUGACAGUAUUUUCAUAGGCAACCCAUUUGCGAUAUAUUUAUAAACAUUUUAUUUAAUAAAAAAAAACUUUCAUCCAUUAAACAGAUGGGUGGAGGUCAACCUUACUUCGGAUCUUAUACUAUACACACAACCAAACUUAUAUGGAAUCACUGUGUAUUUCUGAAUAAACGUUUUGCAAGGAAAAAAAUUGAUAACUAACUUUAAGAUAAGGCCUUUUGUUCUUAACAAACAUGAUAAUAAAGAAGAAACAACUGCUGAGAUUUAUUAUCUUGUGAAUUUGGUGUUCAGAAGUAAAAUCACGAUUCUCCGGUAAUUUUAGUUCGGUCCAAAAAACAACAAAAUGCAGCAUUAGCAGAAUGGGAAAACAUACCCCAAGACAAUGUUGACAAUUUAAUAAGAAGCAUGCCAAAGCGAAUAGGGUUAGAGGUGAUAACACGAAUUGUUAAAAUUACCAAUUUUCUUUCUGUUUUUGCUUU